AAGAAGUACUUACUGAUGUAACGUGUCAAAACAAAUGCGAUAAGCAGUUCGGCUUCAUUUAUUUGACUGAUAAGGAUUGGCUUUCUUUCACUCUUGGACGAAUGACCGAGGACUGGCAUGCAUGCGAAUGUCUUGUGAAUUCUUUGCCUAUUAAAGAGCAAUUUGGUAAAAUAAAGCAACGUUCCAGAUGGCCUGAGUUUGCCACGAAUUGUAAUGAAGGAUACUUCCCGGCGGUAAAGUUCUUGGAAGAACGUGAAAAAACAUUCAAAAUGUGGAUCCAGUACGGCAAGGCGCUGAAAAAAAGUGAAGCACGACAAAUAGAGAAAAUGCGAGGGGAAAGAAAAAAAAGUGAAGAGCGAUUGAAGAUGAUAGAGGCAGGGGAUUGUCUACUGAAAAGUUCUGUAAAAGGCAUGCGAUUCAUGAAAUUUAGCGGAGAAGAAUGCGCAGCCAAAUGCAAUCGGGAGUUCGGUUGGGUCGUCGCCUUCCAAAAUCAGAAAUUUCCAUUUGCAAGUCCCAGAUUAUCGACGAGCAAGACAAGGUGUGAAUGCUGGUUUAAUACGAAAGCUCUCAGACCUUAUCUUGAAGGCACCCUUGGCCUCGACUUCGUAGACUUCAUGAAAGUCUUAGCUAAUGGUGGUUACGAGCGAGGUGUUGAAUACUUAGCUGCGUUUGAUCCAGAGAGAGCCGAUAUCAAGGGGGUAUUGGAGAAAAAAUGGCCAAAGAUGGGAGUUAAAGUCGUGGAUGAAAACGGCGAACUAAAAUUUCAAAAAUACACUGUAAGCUCUGGGACGACCAGACCGUCUGUGACGUUUGGGGCGACUGGGACACCUGGGACGCCUGGGACGCCUAGGACGAAUAGGACGUUUGAGCCGACUGGGACGUUUGAGCCGACUGGGACGUUUGAGAAGACUGAGACGUUUGGGACGACUGGGACGUUUGGGACGACUGGGACGACUGGGACGACCAGGAUGUCUGGGACGUCUGAGACAACUGGGACAUCUAAGGGGUAACAGAGCUUUAGGGCGACAGCAAGAGCUUCAAAAAUCCCCAAAACCGGGCAUGGUGUGAAUUAAACAAUAAUUGUCAACGUGGUACCUAGUUCAAACAGUUGAUACUCGAAUUAACAGAGAAUUUGGUUUUAACAGUUGUAUAAUUAAAAUACCAGUAAAAUGAACGUCAAAAAUAGAAUUCCACACGGAGUUUUGGUUAAGUAAAUUUCUUUUAGGUGGGUUUGUAUGAAGUGAGGAUAGAUUAAGUUUAGGCUACUUAAUAAAGGUUAAGUGAAGAUAAGACAAAUUAAGUUCGGAUCGGCGAUUAAACAUGAGGUUAUUCCGUAAGCAUACCCGGCACAGUCGCGUUUUGUUAAGUAAAGUUAAGUAAGAUCCGAAGAAAAGUUGAGACUCUCCAAUUGCUUCCUGGUGACUACUGCAAAGUACUCAUGAUCCAGUCGAAAUUAGUGAAAAUUGAGUAAACUUAUCUUUUACUUGAUACCUCACUUGUCGAGACGUGUUUCCAUUCAAUUAUUUUUUUUCAUACUUGAAAUAUUUCCGUUUCCUUUAUUGGUAUGCUGUUUUUUUUUUUUUUCUUUCAUUUUUAACCAUACUUAAGUACUCAUUUUCUCCCCACUCUCAUACUUUUUAUAGGUAUUUUGGGUCCGAAUGUAAUAUAUUUGUUUCUCUCUCUUUUUGAUUUGCCUUGAAUUUCAAGUAGUUUUCUUUGAUGAUCAUUUUAUACAUAUAUUUUGCCGGCAUUUUGGUUCCUUGAUAUUUUCUUUUUUGUUUGUAACGUCUUUGGGUACGACUCCCUCCCUGAUCUCGGUUCUCCUUAUUACUUUUGCCAAUCAUUAAAAAAGCAAAUCGUUCCUUCAAUUGAUUUUUAAAAAUACUCCAUUUCUAAAAAAAAAAA